GUUUUUAAUUUUAAUGUUUUAUUUGUAUUAAUAAAAUUUCUAUUAAUGCUAUAAAAAAAUAAAAAUUUCCAAUUUUAACAUAUUAUGAAAUGGCAAAAUAGAUUUUAGGCAAUGAUUUGAGUGAAAAAUGUGACAGAAAAAUAAAAAGAAAAUGAGCAAUCCUGCUAUUCGCGGUGUUGCGAAACGGCAAGUGAAGCCGGUAGAGCCGCAGUCUUUAUUGGAUUUUGAUCUUGGAGAAGGCGAGAGCUCAGACGAUUCAGAUUUCCGUAUAGAAGAUCAUCCAGAGGAAAGUGACGACUAUUCUAUAAACAGCGAUGAUGACGAUAAAAAGGGAGCUGCCAAUAGUGGCAGUUCCGAGUCGGGUUCAGAGGCUGAGGAUGAAUAUAAGAACACAACUGGAAAAUUGGGGGAGGAGAUAUGCAUUACAGAUUUGCUGGAGAAAGCUAAACUACAAGUGUUUAAGUAUCCAGAAUUAGCAAAUGUUAUGAUAUGUGCCGGUUGCUUGGGCUCGAGAAGCGAUGAUUACAAUGAGAUUGUGGAAUGUGAUGGUUGUGGUGUCACAGUACAUGAGGGCUGCUAUGGAGUGUCAGAUGUGGCAAGUGAAUCAAGUACGAUAAGCUCUGCCUCUACCGAGCCGUGGUUCUGUGAGGCGUGUAAAGCUGGCGUUACUGACCCCAGCUGUGAAUUAUGUCCUAAUAAAGGUGGUAUAUUCAAGGAAACAGAGGUAGGAGCAUGGGUACAUCUGGUGUGUGCCCUCUAUGUACCAGGAGUAGCUUUUUCAGAGGUGGAACGUCUCUCCGGCGUUACGCUGUUCGAGAUGGCGUACUCUCGCUGGGGCGCGCGCUCGUGUGCGCUGUGCAGCGACGCGACGCUGGCGCGCACCGGCGUGUGCGUCGGUUGCGACGCGGGCCUCUGCAAGACCUUCUUCCACGUCACCUGUGGGCAGCGCGAGGGUCUGCUGGCCGAGGCGCACUCGGAGGAGGCGGAGCAGGCCGACCCGUUCUACGCGCACUGCCGCCUGCACUCCGACAAGACGCUCGUCAAAAAGCGCAAGAGGAACUGGCUGGCGCUACAGCUGAGGACGGACAAGAGAAAAUUGGAUUUACAAAACAAACUAUCUACAGAAGAGAAGCAGAGGACUCAGCGGAAACUGAUCAAAUAUAGAAAAAAGUAUUCACUGCAGAAGGAGAACAGGAAUCCACCAUGGGUACCAACGCAAAAAAUGGCGCGCAUGAUAUACAGCAGCGCGUCCGCCAUGCGCAAGUUCCAGCGCAAGGCGGAGUGCAUGGGCGUCGACACGCACGCGCUGGAGUUUCAGGACGCACAGAUGGCAGCACUGAAAGACGUUUCCCGUCGUUGGCACGUCCCCCCCGCGUUUUCCGUCGAGUUCGUCGGCUACUACCUCGAGAGGAAUACGCGCGUGUCGUCGUUGAGGAAGUCUCUGGAAAGACUCACCAAAGAGAAUGAGAAGCUGGUUGCUGAGGAUGAAAAGUUGCGAGCUGAUUAUGAUGAGGCUUCUAAAGUGAAUACAGAAGAGUUGGAAAAGCUCACAUCAACUCGUCAAGGCCUCCAGAAGAUUUAUGACGCGUUAGUGGCCAUAUCUCCGAAGAAGACUCUCCCAGCUAUAAUGGAGGACAAGCCACUGUUGCCGCCCGUGGUCGCUCGGUCAACGCCCAAAGUGACGCCCCAACAGUUGCACAAACGCAGGUCUAUUUCUGUGCCCACCGCGGCUGCACUUAAGAUGGGCGUUGGUUUUCCUCUUAGCGACAACCCGGACGCUCGCCAAGGGAAAGUCUUAUCUACCUCGUUGGAAGCCGCGGGCGCGCUGGCGGCGCGCGAGUGCGCGGUGUGCGCGCGCAGCAGCGAGCAGCACCUGAUGGCGGCGUGCGACACGUGCCGCCACCACUACCACCUGCACUGCCUGCGCCCGCCGCUGCAGCGCCCGCCCAAGAAGAGCAAGCUCUACGGAUGGCAAUGUUCCGAAUGCGAUAAAACAUCAGAUUCGGAACCAGAAGUACUCGAAAAGAAAGUCCCUCGGCGCUCGCGAAUACGAUACAGCAAAGACGGUGCCAUCAUCUCGGAGCCACACAGCCCUGGCUCGCUGCAAACGUCGCCGCCGCCAAAACCUAAACUGGACAAACUCCACAAGAUCGACAAACCUAAACUCAACCUUCCCACAGAGAAUAUAUCGCCCAUCAAAGUGACUAUAAAACCAUACGAAUUCACCGAAGAGAACGAAGGUAUUGAAUUGAAGUUGAAGAAAGACAGGCGGCCGAAAUCAAAGAAGGAAUACACGUCGAUUGCCGGCAUGGAGAGUGAGAUGUCUGCGAAGAAGAUUCACAAGAGAAGUUUCACGUCGCCAAUCUUGACAAACACUCCGCUGAUGUCAAUAACGCCCAUAGUAGCGGACAGUCCAAACGACUCGCACAACGAACAUUCAAAUGACUCUGCACACGUACCUACCCCUAAAGACUCCAGUUCUUAUUCGCAAAAUUUGUCGUUCACAGCAUUACUUAAUGAUACGAAAGAAAGAGACUGCAAAACCAUAGAGAGCUCCAUAGAGAGCACCCUCGCUAAUUUAUCUUCGGAUAUAGCAAUGUACAAAGCUAAUAGAAAACGUAGGAAAGAGAAGCACAGGUCUAGGUAUUCUCCGGAUUUGUUGCGAACUCCGUCGAAAUCUCACAAACAUAAGAGAAAGAAGAAGACUCAGGACAUGGAGAAUCCUGACCCGCCACAUCCUAGGAUCACGAUAAAAAUCAAGCCCAUUCCAAAACCUGAUGGGUCUCUGGAUACGCAAAUGUUCUACGUGCCGUCGGCCAGCAAUGAUGGACAACCUCCUACUGUCAUCAAGAAACAUGCUAAGCACUCCGAAGCCGAAGCUCCGAAAAGUCCGCUGACUUUGCCGCCACCGCUCCCCCUCAACACGCCCGAUCCUUUGGCCACCACACCAGUUAACGUAAACCGUUCGAGUCGCGCGAGCAAGAGUGCAGGCGGGUCAGAGAGUGCGCCCGCGGUCAGUCCCCUGACGCCGAUGACUCACUGCGAUGUGUGCGGCCAGCCCGGUGACACCAGCAACCUCGUCAGAUGCGACGAGUGCACGAAGCGCUACCACUUCACUUGCCUGGAGCCGCCGCUGAAUAAGAAUCCGAAGAAGCGCGGCUACUCGUGGCACUGUGCCGACUGCGACCCCACUGACACUGAAGACAAUAACAACUGAAACAGCUGUGCGUUACGAGUGUUAUUUGGAAAAAGUAUUAAGUAUAGUUGAUAAGAAUAAUAUUACUUAGCUAUAGCGUUAGAUAUUAUUUCAUUUUAACCUGAUUUUAUUUGCAAACAUAUUUUAGGUUUUUAUUUAUAAAUGAAACUUUUAAAUUGUUCUGUAUAUAUGUUACGUGUUUUGCCUGGUAAUGGUAGACUUAAAACUUAUUUAUUUAAUACUAGCUGACGCCGCGCGGUUUCACUCGCGGGGAUAAUAUAUAUAUUAUCCCCGCGAUAUUAUUAUAUAAUAGGCUAUAGCCUAUAGCCAUCCUCGAUAAAUGGGCUAUCUAACACUGAAAGAAUUUUUCAAAUCGGACCAGUAGUUCCUGAGAUUAGCGCGUUCAAUCAAACAAACAAACAAACAAACAAACAAACUCUUCAGCUUUAUAAUAUUAGUAUAGAUUUGAUAUACAAUGGCGUUAUGAUUAUAUUGAUUAUUUACAAUAAUUAAUCCAUUUUCUUUCUUGAGGGUGUUAGUCCUUAAUUCUGGGCGUGUAAAGCAGUUCUGAAAUUGAAUUGAGACAAUUUAAUUGUUGGACGUACAAGUGGAGCAAAACUGCCGUUUAAAAAUAGACACCUUGCAAAGCUCUGUCGUCCAAAUAUAAUAUAAACGUGCAUGUGUAAUGAAAUAUUAUUUUCUUAACAAGAUAUAGUAAUAUAAAAUAACUUGUAGUAUUUAUAGUUAGAGCCCUGGGUGGAUAGUUUUUGGAGAUGUUUGGCUGUUUAUUUUUGUAUUCACAUACAUUCUCUGUAUGCACUACUAACUGACGUUAGUACUUCACGUUUCCGUAGGAACGGGGAUAAUAUAUAGCCUAUAGCCUUCCUCGAUAAAUGGGCUAUCGAACACUGAAAGAAUUUUUCAAAUCGGACCAGUAGUUCAGAUCGUGUUCAAUUAAACAAACAAACAAACUCUUCAGCUUUAUAAUAUUAGUAUACUCUUAGAUAACUCAGCAUUGAUAUUCAAAGUUUUAAGUCUUCUACUACCUGACAAUAUAGCACAUUGUGUGAACAAUGUACUUGUAACAUUGAGGAAAAUAUAGCUCGAAUUUUAAAAUUUUAACUUUUAACUUCCACUAUUUUAAUUUAAAUUAACUUUUAAAGGUUUUAGAUUUGACAGUGGUUUUAAAAACAAUAUACUUUAUUUAAAUUUGUUUUUUUACGGUUUUAGGUUUAAUAAUAUUUGGUACAUUUUUAUUACGCUAACGAGUAAGUCAUUCUUGAUACUUGUAAUAGUAUAAUAUACUCAGAGGCACAAUUAUCCGCCCUCUUUAAAAUGACGCGAGUAUAUUAAAAUGGGCGGAUAAUUGUGGCUCUGAGUAUAGUUUAAUAUUUUUAACAGUUAUUGUAAAAAUAUCUAUUAUUGCAUUAUUGUGCUUGUGUAUCAUUGAUACAAUAAAUAUUACCUAUAUUCAA